UCGACAGUCAUCUAAGCGGUGUUCGCUUCAAUUCAGCGAAAAGCUGAGCCACUGUGUAAUUAUUUGCUCUGGAAAUGUCCGAUAUCCACUAUCUUGGCUCGUUCAACUAGAUAACUCGUUAGUCUCGUACCAACAGUCCCCUCGGCAAGAUGUGGAUCUACCUGCUGAUAACGGUUAUCACGCUCUCGAUUUGGUUCGUGCGACGAAAGUACUCCUUCUGGAAGCGCCACAAUGUCCCCUUUAUCGAGCCGCGGUUCCCGUUCGGCAACAUCCAGGCCGUCGGACGGCGCGUCCACUCGUCCCAGCUGAUGACCCGCUUCUACACGCAAACGAAGGGCAAGCAUCCGUUCGUCGGGAUCUUCUUCUUCACCAAUCCGGUCGCGCUGGCGCUCGAUCUGGAGUUUGUCAAGUCCGUACUGGUGCGUGACUUUGCGUACUUCCACGACCGUGGAGUGUACUUCAACGAGAAGGACGACCCAAUCUCCGGACACCUGUUCAACAUCGAAGGAACGCGAUGGACGAACCUGCGGAAGAAGCUAAUUCCGACCUUCUCCUCCGGCAAGAUGAAGAUGAUGUGUCCAACUAUCGUGACCGUGGCGGAUCGCUUCCGCGAGUGCAUCCAGAAGCACAUCAGCGAAGAGUCCGAGGUGGAGAUGAAGGACCUGCUGGCACGGUUCACCACCGACGUCAUCGGAACGUGCGCCUUCGGCAUCGACUGCAACAGCUUGAACGACCCGGACGUGGAGUUCCGCAAGAUGGGCAAAAAAGUGUUUGAGCUACCGCCGAGGAGGAUGCUAAAGUUCUUCUUCAUGGCGACGUUCAAGGAGUUGGCGCGCAAGUUCCACAUCAAGGGCACUGCCGAAGACGUGUCGGAGUUCUUUUUCAAGGUCGUUCGCGAAACUAUCGAGUAUCGAGAGCGCAACAAUGUGCAGCGAAACGACUUCAUGAACCUGUUGAUUCAGCUCAAAGAUAACGGCGAGCUGGACGGGUCGGAUGAGAGUGUUGGUAGUUUGAGCUUCAAUGAAGUGGUGGCGCAGGCGUUCGUGUUUUUCCUCGGGGGUUUCGAGACUUCGAGUACGACGAUGUCGUACUGUUUGUACGAGCUGUCGCUGAACACGGAGAUUCAGGAAAGGGCAAGACAGUGCGUGAGGGAUGCUGUGAAGAAGCAUGGAGGGUUGAACUACGAAGCAGCUAUAGACAUGGACUACAUCGAGCAGUGUAUCAACGAAUCACUCCGCAAGUACCCCCCAGGGGCCAACCUGAUCCGCAGCGUCACCAAGGACUACGCCGUCCCCGACUCCGACCUCGUCUUCCACAAGGGCAUGAACGUGAUGAUCCCGGUCUACGCCAUCCACCACGAUCCGGAGUACUGGCCCGACCCGGAACAGUUCAACCCGGACCGGUUCGCCCCGGAGGAAACGGCCAAACGCAGACCGUUCACGUUCAUGCCGUUCGGAGAGGGGCCGAGGAUCUGCAUCGCGGCGCGGUUCGGAAUUCUCGAGACGAAGAUUGGCCUGGCGACCCUGCUGAUGAACUUUAGGUUUUCACGGUGCUCCAAGUCGGUGGUGCCGCUGGUGAUUUCGCCGCGGCAUGCGGUGCUGACGCCGGAGGGUGGGCUUUGGUUGAAGGUCGAGAAGUUGGGGGAAUGAUGUGAUAAAUCAGUGAUUUUAUUAGGAGAAAUUGUAACCUUAUUUUAAACUUAAAUGGAAUAAAACACCGAAGUUUUUA